AGCACGGUGUAUAACUUGGAUUUGGCACGUCGACCUCCUGGGGGCGUUUUCAUGAGCAUCAUAAUCAUCAUCAUCAACAACAACACUGCUGCUGCUUCCGGUUCACCAUUUUGCGGAAGAGACUCCAGCAUCCCAGUUGCAUGGGAACAGUAGAGUUGUUUAUUUAUUUUGUUUCUUUUAAGUCGUGUAGAAGACUUUACAUCUGAUUCACGGCAAGCUGGUGUUUGAAUUUUAGUGUACUCUGUGAUUAGAGCCCCUCUCCAGCUGGAUUUCAGCAGUGUGGAAGUGUGAAAGUAUGAGUGGGUUGGAGGUGUUUCAUGAGAAGCAGAGGUUGGAGCUGUGUGCUAUUCACGCCCUGAACAACGUGCUGCAGGAGAGAGUGUUCACCAAAGAGGGGGCCGAUGACAUCUGCAAGCGCCUUGCUCCACAGUGUAUGGUGAACCCGCACCGCUCUGUGCUGGGUACAGGGAACUAUGACGUGAACGUGAUUAUGUCGGCCCUCCAGAGUCGUGGAUUGGCCGCAGUGUGGUGGGACAAACGUAGGUCGGUUCAGGGCCUUUGUCUGGAGAAGGUGCAAGGUUUUAUUUUGAACGUCCCAUCCCGGGUGUCGCUGGGACUCGUGUCUCUCCCACUGAGACGCAGACACUGGAUAGCAGUUCGGCAGGUCAACGGCCAGUACUACAACCUGGACUCUAAGCUUAAGAGUCCUGUUUGGAUAGGAGGUGAAACAGAACUCAGGUCAUUUCUUAAAGAGCAGUUGUCUCAGGAUGUUGUCGAAAUGCUUCUUGUAGUCCAAAGAGAAGUGGAGGAUGAUGGAACAUGGCUUAUUUCAGAUGGCUGUGAGAACUGAAACCUCAGGAAGGACAGGAAGAUCACUCAGAUGGUUCAUCCAGGAUGCAAAAAGUUUUUUUUUUUUUUUAAUCUUUUAAACAGUAUGGUCCUGAGUGAAGCAGCACUACCAAAGAAGAAGAGAGCAAUCCCGGAUGGUCAAACCUACACACAGAGAAGUCUGAUCGAAUGCUUAAUAUAAGGGACGGCAUUGCUGUUGUAAUGGACGUGUUUUUUUUUUAUAAUCGAUGUUUGAGCCGGGAUAGCUGUAUGUAGUACAGACUGCUACAGCUGCAUCGCCUGCCUUUUUUCUUUCUCCACUCUUUUCAUUUCUCUCAGGACAAGUGUUUGAGUUUUAAAAAAUAAUGUUUUAGUGUUAUUUAUUCUGCAUCUAUGCACUGCACUGCUGAGGUUGAUGAAGGUGUGUAUCUAACUAUGCACAGAAAUACUACAACACAGUCUUUGUAAAUAUAAUUAAAGUUGCAAGUCGUUUCUGUUCAUCCACCUCUGCAUAUUUUGGGGAACAUUUUCUCCUGACUCUUAUUCAUUUGCUUAUGGUUUAUUUUUU